CAUUUCCUCGAGUGACUUCAUUGAAAAGAAAGUUUUAUUUAUACACAUUGUCGAACGAAUUGAAAGAAUUUAAUAUUGAAGGAUUUUAAUGUCGAUCAGUCGAAUUCAUAUCCACUUGUGUUUCGCACAACAAGCGCUUACGUGCGUUCAGAAGACACAUAGCUUUUUCAAACCCUGUCAUUUCAAUAGAUCUUUGGGAAAGUUAGGUUCCCUAUUCAAGAAGAGAGGCAAAUCUGUAGCUGCUAGCCGUUCAUACAAGGCCUCUCUGGACCGCCACCAAAUUCUUAACAGAGAGCAGAAGACAAACUCCUUGUCAGACUUGUCGAAAAUAUGGAGAAUAAGCUGUAACGAUGAGGAAAGAGCAGAGCUAAAAAGUUAUGAAGGCAGACGCGUAGUACUGACAACGCCACUAUACUAUGCUAACGCCUCACCACAUAUGGGAAGUGCUUAUCCAACCAUAGCUGUCGAUGUGCUUUCAAGAUUCUACAGAUUACUCGGAGCAAAGCCAGUUUUCAUCACAGGAACCGACGAGCACGGAGAGAAAGUUGCAACUGCUGCUGCGAAACACAAAAAGAGUCCUCUCGAACAUUGCGACUCUGUUGUGGAGCAAUUUUUAAAUCUAUGGAAUAAGUUUGGCAUCCGUUUUGACAGAUUUAUCCGAACAACAGAAAAAGGUCACGAGGCAUUGGUUUCACAAUUUAUUCAAAGAGUUUAUGACAACGGAGAUAUUUACAAAGAUACUUAUGAUGGUCUUUAUUGCGUCGAUUGCGAAGAAUAUAAAGAUGGCGAAGGCUUAACAGAAAAUAACCUUUGUAAGAUUCACCGUAAAGAAUGCGUGCAGCGUUCGGAAGAAAACUACUUUUUUGCACUUUCCAAGUAUCAAAAAAAGCUAGAGAAGCUAUUAGAUGAGAAUCCCCUCUUUGUGCAGCCACCUGAAAGACUAAACGAAGUAAAAGGUUGGUUGAGACAAGGUCUACGAGAUUUUGCUGUUUCACGUGCAAACAAUGUUUGGGGAAUUCCGGUUCCCUUUGAUCCAACACAUUCUGUGUAUGUUUGGUUUGAUGCAUUGAGCGGAUACCUUUCAGCAUUGUUUGCUUGUGAGGAAGAAGGCAUCUCCUUGGACAGGUUGUCAGAUUUAGGCUGGCCAGCAGAAGUACACAUUAUCGGUAAAGAUAUACUACGCUUUCAUGCUCUAUACUGGCCAGCAAUGCUAAUGAGUGGUGGAUUACAACUUCCUAAGCGAGUAUUUGGACAUGGUUUCUUGACAAAGGAUGGCAUGAAGAUGGGAAAGUCAGUCGGAAAUACACUUGAUCCUGUUGAACUAGUGGAUUCCUAUGGGAAAGAUGCAGUUCGAUUCUAUUUUAUUCGGGGAAUAGUUUUUGGAGAUGACGGAGACUUUUCGAGAGAAAGGUUUAUUCAAGUUGUCAAUUCAGAAUUGGCCAACAAUAUAGGCAAUUUGCUUCAUCGCAGUUUGAAUCUAUUAGGAAAAUAUUGCGAGUUUAAAAUCCCGGUAUCUUCGUCUGCUGUAGUGUCAGCAACACAUCCACUAAGGCUAACUGCAGAGUCCAUGGCUGAAAAGGCGAAAGUUUGCUAUCAUCGUUUGGAUUUUGCCACAGCCUGUGAAACUAUGAUACACUUAGCAGCGGAAGCAAAUCAAUACAUUGCAUAUGAACAACCAUGGGCUUGCUUUAAAAGUGGAGAAGCGAACAAGGCUGUCCAGUGUCUCGUCGCUUGUUUAGAAACUGUUCGAAUUGUGGCUACGGGCUUAUCUCCUGUAACACCCGAGUUUUCUAAACAAAUUUAUUUGUCUCUAGGUUAUCCUGAAGAAUAUUUCAAAAUGUUAUUCUGGGAUAGGGAUAUGAAGUGGGGUGGUUUGAAAGCAGGUGUUUCGUUCGAUCGACCGAAAGUUAUUUUUCCUAAGAUUGUAUCUUAUGAAGAGACUUUGAGCAGCUCAUUGAGUCAUUGACCAGUGAUGACAAUGUUGCUGAUAAUUUGGAUUUUUUUGAGAACGCUAGUGACGUCCAUACAAUAUGGAUAAGUAAACCGUCUUGUUGCUGUAUAUACUUUGUGGACCUUUUUGUCUGUUAGCUUAAGAGGACAUGACAAAUAAAGAUAAAUAUGGAAGAUGAUCGAAGUAAAUGGGGUUUUGCGGAU